UAGUUUGUUAUUUAUGUCUUCCUUGUCACUCCUAUCAAUUAAUAUAGGUAGCUGUCUUCAUCUGAUCCUUUCUGAACAAAAACAUGCGCAGAAUUUCUUGUAUAGCCUUGCUGGUAAAUUGAGAGGAGGAGAAAAUACCUCAUGAUUUGGCUGCUGUGCCGGUCCUACGUUGCCUUUUUACUGACUAAAGAAAUUGAAAUCGUUUUUAUUAUGUCAGUAUUCGUAUUUCGUACUCAUGUUACACUGACAUAGAGCAAUUGAUACCACAUGUCUUUGAAACUGACUUCAUUGCGUAUUUGUCUGUUAGUAAAAUAGUGAAAGGCGUUUAAAAUUGGUAAAUAUGGCAACACCGUAUAGUAGGACUGGAUCACCAAACAAAUAUUAGUGAAGUGUUUCAGUAAGCAUGGUGGACGAAGUGUUUGUUGUAUUUGCGUUCAAUGUGUUAGUGUAAUAACUAGCGUGGUAUAAUAUUUUUUAACAAUAAAACAAAGUUUGUGUUUACUUAAUAAGUGAGUAUUAUUAUUUUUACUUGUUUGUGGGCCCAGUACGUUUGGAUUAUUUUUGUUUCGAGGUAAAUACGACAUCAUUAAGCCCUUUUGGUGGAACGAGCUUAAAGACAAUGUGAUAAUCAGCUGGUCCGUGAUGUUUGAAGCAUUCGCCAGAAAAAUUUGUAAAUAACAUGUUAAUGAAAAAAGAACAUUACAGCUUCGUCACUUUGCUAUUUUUCACGAACAUUAUAUGAAAAAGUUUUACUGGAUAAUUUACACAUGUGUACGUGUCGCCACUGAUGGCCGUCGACGGCAUUGCGUGUUCGGCACACUUCCGCCAACUUUUUGGCUCCGGCUUUUCAACCAGAACUAUACUUAUCUACAUCUGCAUCCUCCUCCCUGGAUUCCUCCAUCUCAUCGCUGCGGACGACAUCGAGACGAGCCUGUUAUCUGAUUCCAUCAAUGAAAAUGACUCCAAACGCAUUUGUUCAAGCAUGGAUAUUCGAAAUUCAUUGGAAUCAUUCAAGAAACUAGAAAAUUGUGAAGUUAUUGAAGGGUUUCUUUCAAUCCUUCUGUUCGAUAAUGUGAACGAAACUGAGAUGUCAAAGAUUAGUUUCCCUUUAUUGACUGAAAUUACAGAUUAUUUAUUAUUAUAUAGAGUAAAUGGGCUUAGGAGUGUGGGUCAGCUUUUCCCUAAUUUAACGGUUAUUCGAGGACAAUCGACUUUCCUCGAUCAUUCAUUUGUAAUAUUUGAAAUGUCAACGCUCCAAGAAAUCGGAUUGCAUUCCCUCACAGAUAUCAUACAUGGACAAGUGCACAUCGACAAGAAUCCCUCGCUCUGUUUUGUACAUACCAUAGACUGGGAUAGUAUUGUUAAAGAUAAGAGUUCGAAAAACUUUAUUAAGAGUCUCAAGCCGGAAAAUGAGUGUCCUGUGUGUCCUUCUACUGUAGUAAACGGAAACACUACCAUGAGCUGUCCAACUGUGACUGAUUCCGAUGGAAAGGAGAGGUAUUUGUGUUGGAAUAAAAAUCACUGCCAGAAAAAAUGCCCUGGAAAAUGCAGGUCAUGUAAUAAUAAUUUGCAAUGUUGCGACGAAAGCUGUUUAGCCUGCAGCGACGAAAACCCAAAUAUUUGUACAGUUUGUCCCCACAUUAGUUAUGGACAUGGUUCACAAAAAAGUUGCAGGACAAGUUGUCCGAAAGACCUCUAUUCGUAUUUAAAUCGGCGAUGUAUCGACAAACAACAGUGUUUAAAUUUACACAAUCCAAUAGAACUACAAACUACAAAUUAUUAUCCAGAACCUUACAAGAUACACGAAAAUUCUUGCGUAUUGGUAUGCCCGCCCGAUUACACUGAGAAAAAUUCUACUUGUGUUCAUUGUGGAGGACGAUGUAAACAAACCUGUCCCGGUUUAACAAUUGACAGUAUUGCAGUUUCGACACAACUUCGAGGAUGUACUCAUAUUGAUGGUAGUUUAGAAAUACAAUUAAGAGGAGGAGCAAAUAUCACAGAGUUAGAAGAAAACUUGAAGAUGAUAGAAGAAAUUAGUGGAUAUUUAAAAGUUGUAAGAUCGUUUCCUUUGCUCUCUCUAAAUUUUUUUAAAAAUUUGAAACGUAUACUGGGAAAAGAGAAAGACAGCGGUAAAUAUGUACUCAGCGUUUUAGAUAAUCAAAAUUUACAAGAUCUUUGGGAUUGGUCAACGCAUGGUCCUAUAGAAAUUCAAUCUGGAAAAUUGUUUUUCCAUUUCAAUCCCAAAUUAUGUUACGACAAGAUAUUGAAAUUACAGGAGAUCGCGGGUUUGGCCAACUUUACAGAUUUGGAAGUAGCGAAAAAUUCUAAUGGAGACAAAACAGCAUGCAAUAUUAGCACAUUAAUAGUGAAUGUUACAAAUAUACAAUCAAAUUCAUCAACCAUACAAUGGGAAUCGUUCUAUUUAGAUGACCCAAGAAAACUUUUGGCCUAUAUAGUUUAUUAUGUUGAAGCACCAUAUGAUAAUGUUACCCAGUAUGACGGCAAAGAUGCUUGUGGUCAAGAUAAUUGGAGAGUUUUGGAUAUCCCAAAUAAAGAAGGAGACACAAAUAUAACUUUUGUUAUUAGAGACCUUAGACCAUUCACUCGUUAUGCAUUUUAUGUUAAAACAUAUACAAUUGCUAAUGAAAGAAAUGGAGCCCAGAGUAGCAUCCAGUAUUUUAGAACAUUACCAGCAAUGCCAAUGCAACCAGGUUACGUAGGAGUUAUUAGUAAUUCCAGUGACUCACUUGUCAUCACAUGGGAUCCUCCAUCAGUGCCUAAUGGACCUAUUACUCAUUAUAUUGUUACUGGAAAGAGACACUAUGAUGUAAACUAUUCCAAGGAUCACAAUUAUUGCAAUGAUAACACACCAAAAGAGGAAGUACACUCCACUCCAAAGCCACCUGUUCAGUAUAAUUGCCAGUGUGAAAGCUCAUCCCAAAAUAAUAUAAAUUUUGACGAAAAUGAAGAAGGCGAAAGAAUUAAAUUUGAGGAUGAUCUUAUUAAUCAGGUUUAUUUAAAAAGGCCUAAAAGAUCGGUGCUGUAUACCAAUUCCACCAUACAAGAAUCUCAGAAUUCCCCACAAAAGCAAAUGAAUAAUAGUGACAUAGUUUUUUAUUAUAAGACCGUAAACACUUCGAUCUAUGUAACAAAUCUAACUCAUUAUACAAAAUAUGAAAUCAAUGUACGAGCUUGCCGUGAUGACGAAUGUAGCGUUCCUGCCAAAAAAACUGAAAGGACUAAAGAUAAAGCUGGUGCAGAUCAAAUUAGAAAUUUAACUUUGAUUGAGAAACAUCAAGAUAGUGUAAAAUUGUCCUGGAUCCAACCAACAGACCCUAAUGGAAACAUCUUCGCUUAUAUCGUGGAAUACAAACGGCUUGAUAUUGAUAAUGCUAAAGCAAUUCCAGAGUGUCUCAAUGUAACAGAUAAAAACACAACUUUUUACUAUACUGUAUCAAAAUUAAUUCCUGGUAACUACAGUUUAUGUGUAUACGCAAGAUCAGCUACUAGAAAAGAGCAGUCCAUGCACAUUUUCUUUCAUAUUAAAGAGCCAUCUUCCAAUACAGCGCUUAUAGUAUCGACAAUGUUAUCUAUUUUCUUUGUAUGUAUUCUUCUAUUCGGAUUGUGGAUGUACAGAAAAUCCCAAAAGAAACCUGUUGCAACUAGGGACAUAAAUCCUGAAUAUGGAGUGCAUCCUUAUGUAAUGGAUGAAUGGGAAGUUUCUAGGGAUCAAAUUAUAGUGGACAAAGAAUUGGGACAAGGUAGUUUUGGCAUGGUUUGGGAUGGAAUUGCUAAAGAUAUUAGAGGUGCUGCAGAAGUUAGAUGUGCUGUAAAAACUGUACCUCUUCAUGCAACAGAAAGGGAACGCUUGGAAUUCUUGAAUGAGGCCUCUGUAAUGAAAGCUUUCGACACAACGCACGUUGUAAGGUUAUUAGGUGUAGUGUCUGAAGGUCAACCAACUCUUGUGAUAAUGGAAUUAAUGGCCAACGGAGAUUUGAAGUCUUAUCUUCGGUCGCAUAGACCCGACAUGGAAAACUACAAUCCCAACCACAACAAACAUCCUCCAACAUUAAAGCAAAUCCUGCAAAUGGCUAUUGAAAUAGCAGAUGGUAUGGCCUAUCUUUCAGCCAAAAAAUUCGUACAUCGGGACUUGGCAGCUAGAAACUGUAUGGUUUCUGAAAAUCUGGUGGUUAAGAUUGGCGACUUUGGUAUGACCAGAGAUAUUUAUGAGACUGAUUAUUACCGAAAAGGAACUAAAGGCUUAUUGCCAGUUAGAUGGAUGGCGCCUGAGAGCCUUAAAGAUGGUGUAUUCACAAGUAGUAGUGAUGUUUGGAGUUAUGGUGUUGUAUUGUGGGAAAUGGCUACGUUAGCAUCACAACCCUAUCAAGGACUAGCCAAUGAUCAAGUUUUGCGUUACGUCAUCGAUGGAGGAGUUAUGGAGAGACCCGAAAAUUGUCCAGAUAAAUUAUAUACUUUAAUGAGGUAUUGUUGGCAGCAUAAACCAUCAUCAAGACCUACUUUUCUUAAACUAUGUAGUCUUCUAUUGGAAGAUGCAAGUCCUACCUUUGCUGAUGUUUCGUUCUAUCACAGUCCUGCUGGAGUAGAGGCUAGAGCUUCUCGACACACUCCUUCCCCAAGCCAGGAUGAUCAAACAACUCCAUUAAGGACUGUAGCUGAGAGACUAAAGGGAUACAUGCCAUCCCAUUCACAAGACUCUGAUGAUUUGGAUAUAGACACUCAUCAUCAGUUUCCUAGUAUAACUGAAAGUGGUGGAGUGAUUACAACUGCCAACGGAUACGUAAGUGGGUGUCCUACUAAUGGUGCCGCAACGACACAGUGCUAGCCACAUAUCAUUUAUCGACGCCUGAUACUCAGCAUUAACAUUGUUAUAAACUGUACAUUUUGAAACCAUAUAAAUCAUUGAAUAUUGAUAACUCCAAUUUUUUUAUAAAAAAAGUAGAGAUACACGAUAAACAAUACGUACUGUCAUGAAAUUAUUUUACUUUAUUACAUGAAAAAUAUUUUCAGCUGUUUUUCUUUCCUUUUUAUUACCUUAUACUGUGUAUAAUGAAAGUAUUCAUACCCAUUGUAUUUUUAGUAUCUUGGAUUAUCAAUAUUCUAUAUAUACAUCUUCGACUAGUUUGUUUAUUCAAAGCAUAAAAAUUCUACAACUUUUAGAAUGUGGAAUUAAUUAAAUAAAAUUUAAUAAUUAUAGUGCAACAGUAAAAUUUUUAUAAGAUAGUUGUAUUGUUUUGCUGAGUUUUUACUGGAAACAUUCAAUUUUUAUUUUUAAUUUCCCAUUCUUAUAAUAAUAAGCAGUUGAAAUGCGAACUAGAUAUCUUAUUAGCUUUCAAGCUGUAGAAUACAGAACAAACAUGAGAUUAUAAUGAAAUUUAUGUUUGUUUUGUUUUAUUAGACUGGUUUUACUCUGUCUCGUAAUUCGGAUAAUACAAAGCGACAGAAAAGUCCCAAUUGACAGUAUUUUGUAAAUAUUUAGCAUAAGAAUUUCGAAAGUGUAAAAGUAUUUUUUCCAUUUAUAUAGAAGAAUCCAAGGGACAAUGUUGUAAAUCUACUCUGUACUUUGAGAAACUUAGUUAAAAGUUGUUACUCUAUUGACGUUAAUAAGCCACUCAUUACAGAUUCAUGUUCAGAAACAGUACUAGAAUUUCAAAUACAUUUUUGACUCCUUUCCGGAAUUCUAAAUCAUUUCUACAGCGAUAUUCUAUAAUUUUGAAUAAUUAAACAACGUACUUUAGACAUAUGCAAGGUGGUCCAGAAUUAUUUACAUUAGUUUCUUCAACUUUUUACUUCUUAGAUCGGUUUAUAUGUUUUUCGUGAUAAUUUAUUUGAUUUUAGGUCUCUUUCCUCUGAAAAUCAAUGUGAUUUUUUUUUUAAAGAGACUUAAAAUGAAGACAAAUUAUCACUAAAUACAUUAAUUUCUAGAUCAUUACAAAAUAAAGGUAUUUCUUUAUUUACACGUACUAUCUAAAACUUUGUUGUAUCCAAAUCACAUGGAGUAGCAGUACACAUUAAAUUAAUUAUCCUAAUAUCCUGUACUCAGCUACAGAAAUUGAUGUGCAUAAUUUUUUACUGGCUUUUGUCUAGUAAUCCUAUAUCACUAACAGGAAUAGGGAAAGGGACUUAAUUGUUCAGUUGUGAAAGGGAUAUGGUUUGCUCUACUAGAGUCAUACCGCUUACGCGCAAUGGUUCAAAUAAAAAGUAUAAGAUACAAGUGUAGUAAUCGUCCUCAUGUAUGGUUCCUUUAAAACUGCUGACCGAAAUUAAUGUUCAUUUAAAAGUUUGCAAUUUUUUCACCAGAUCCUGACAUUUUUCCAUCUAAAAAGCACUAGCACUUCAAAGUAAAAGUAAGAAAUAUAAGCAAACACCAGGUUUUCACAUAUUACACAUAAUUUAACAAAUUAGUUUAUAAACUUGUUGACAACAUCGUUAUAUUGAUAUUCAGGACACGUUCACUAUUUCUUGAAGGUCCCAAACUUGGACUUAAAUUUUCAAGGAGUUGUGCGUUAUCUUCGGUAACCAGCACGUUUUUAGGGUUAUUUUUAAGCACAUGCUCAUUUAGACACAUUUUCCAUGAUUAAAACAUUUAGAAAAUAAGAAUAAUAGUAAUUUGUAUAAAUAUUUUUUCAAAUAGGAAAAUUGAAAACAUCGAUCAUAAUACAAUAUAUAAUGAUUAUCCAUAAGGGUGUUUUUGUAAACCACAUUAUUUGUAGAAUUUGCAAAUGAAUACUUUGAAAUAUUUAGUUAGUGGGCGCUGAGACUACUCGGCUGUUAUCAAACAAUUUACAACUGUGGUUUCCUGUUACUUUUGUAGGAGUCUUCACAAAGGACAGGUCUGACACCAUGAUGGUUCAUCAUCAUCGUAAAAUAGCAUUCAUUGGGAAAAGGGUACCUGUCAGUGUUUCAGCAGCUGUGGUAAAUGAAUUCGCCAUCCUCUUGCGUCGUUGUAUGGGUUUCGUCAAUUUUGUUGACAAGGGCUCUCCAUUUUCUUCUUUUUUCAAUUUUUAUAUAGCUUCUUACCAUGUUAAGUUUAUCUAUUGCAGUUCUUUCUCGAUAGUUCUGCUCCAUGUUUGUACAGGUCUGCCUCUUUUCCUUCUACUUCUUUUAUUCUAAUUAAAUGCUUGUCUGGUUAUGUUUGUUGCUGGUUUCCGUAGUGUAUAACGUACCCAUCUUCAUUUUUCGUGAUCAUUACGUGAAUUUUCUAUUCAUCCGGUAUGUUCCAAAGGUAUUCAUUACUUACCCUAUUUGGCCAGAAAAUUUUGUAGAUAACUCAUAGGCAUCCGUUGAUAAACGUUUGAAUUUUAUGAAACAUCUUUUUAUUAUAUGUCCAAGUUUCGUCCCCAUAUAAUAGAACAUAUUUUACAUUGCUCUGUAAUGGUCUUAAUUUUGUUGUUCUUGGGAUACUUGUUGAAGACUAUAUUUUAUAUAACGACUUAGAAGCGUUUUGCCCUAUUCUUCUUUUUCUAUCACUUUCAGUACCUCCUAUUGUAUGUAUUAUGCUGCCUAAAUAGCAAAAUUGUUCAUCUUCCUCUAUUUCUAUUCCUUCUAAGUAUAUAGCACUUUCAGUACUUGUUUUGCUGUAUCUUUAUAUCUUUGUUUUUUGCUGUUAAUGUUCAGUUCCACUGGUGUUGAAUUAUUAAGUGGCCUGUUAGUUCUUUCUUGCAUGUGACUUAUUUUUGUUGUUAAUAGAAAUAUGUCAUCUUUAAAUUCAAGGUCUUUCAAUUUUUAAAAUAGGUUCCAGUUGAUCUCUCAUCUUUUAUCCUCUGUUUUCCUUAUUAUUCAGUCUAUUACAAUGAGUCAAAUGCUUUUAUCUUCAUUUUGUUCUUUUGUUUACUUCACUAAUAUUCUCACCGACGCAAUAUGGUCAAAACAACAAGAAUUACUACUUAUGAAUCAAGCUUGAUUUUUUCUUAGUUUGUUGUUUAGUGGUUCUCUGAUUCUUUCCAGAAUAACUCUAGCUACACCAUGAUGGUUAUUAGACAUAUGUAUUAGAUAUAAUAGCUGCUUUCCAAUUACAUUCAAGUAAACUGAGACACUCAGUUAUAUGAGUAUGUAAUUCUCAGAUAUCGACGUCACUACUCAGUGAAUAAAAGGAACGCGUAAUAUGAGUUAAUAUUCUCAAUAACCACAUAAAAUUCACUAUUAUCAGUGGCGAUUCAACCCUGUUACUCGCAGCGAAAGAAACGACAUAACUAAAAUAAUAUUAUUUAUAAAUUCAUUUACAUCAAUGACCGUUUGCAAUCAUUAAGUAUUGUGUAAUUACUUGCUUAUUUUAAUGAUAAGAUCUGACAACGUGAUAUCCGCACAGGUCACAAAAAUGUUCACAAAACUCACUAAAGCACACGAUCUCAAGCUUACUCGUAAAAACUCAUUUAGGUCUAACUUGUGACAGUGAAAAGGAACUUGCAUUGACUGUUAUGACGCAUUAAGACUAAUCUGAGUUUUGAUAAAAAUAGAAAGCAGCUAUUAUUUUUUACUGUCUCACUUUUUAGGCCACGAUUUUAAUCACAGGCACUAGAAAAUGUAAUUAUUUCCCAACAAUAUUCCAACUUUUCCUUUCCUAUCAAUUUUCUGUGCACCACUGAACUUUUAUUUAUCAAAACUUUUUCUACAAUAAUAAGCAACUGUAUUAUCGAGUAUGACAUUUAAAAUGCAUUGCAUUUGUAUAAAAAAAAAAUUAUAAUAAAUCAGAAAUGAGGUGGCUUAAAACGAUCAAAAAUAAUUAAAAUGAUGAUAAUUGUAUACACUCAAACUCUAUAAAUAUAUCUAAAGUGAAAUUAAGAGUUUUUCAGGGUAAUUUUUUGUUUGUGGUGUUCGCUGUCCCCGUUUUACGUUUAAAUUUUAAUUUGUUUAAAAUUAAAUAAUAGUAUCGUGAUUAUGUUGAUAAUAUGUAAGUAUUCUUUAUUGAUACAGGGUUGCCAAACGAUAAUGAAUUAACUCCUUAAUGUUCUAAUGACAGUAAAUGUCAAGUGAAAUUGAAAAUAUAAAAUUUGUUUUCACAUUUCACGUUUUAAAACUUAUUGUACCCAAGUAUUAUCCACAUUAAAGAAAGUUUUGAUAUUAAUCAAUUAAUCAAAAGUAUUAAUUCAAUUGUCUAAAAAAUCAUUUAAUUCUUAAUUUGUAAUAUUGCUAAAAAUAAUUUGAUUUGAUGAUGAAUGUGCUUCAUUUUGGUUUGGGGGCCUGUUAAUAUUUAUAGUCAAGUCUAAAAUAGAAAGCUCUGGUAACUUUACCUUAAGAAUGCAUACAAAUUGUCUAAAUUGGGUCUAACGGCACUAUAAUGUAGUUAAAAUUGAAAAUGUAAAUACUUUAACGGUGCAUUAAUUUGAAAAUAGUAAAAAGUUGUACAUAAUACAAUAAUACAAUCACAUGUGUCAUCAUUUAUUGGAAAUUUUUCGAUAGUUGAAAAUAGAAUUUUUUUAACAUUAAAUUUCUUUUAUUCCUAUAACUAUCACCACUCUUAUUUUCAUUUAGUAACAUAAUUUACUUUAUUUCUCAACGGGUCAGCUUUAUCUAAUUCGUACAUGUUUCAAAUAUACAUACAAUAUAAAUGAAACUUUAUUUUUACAGAGAUAUUAAGAUUUUAUGUAUAGCAUUUAAACAUAACUUUUUCCAAUUUUUGAAAUAAUGUGGUUUGUGGAAAUUUGAAUUGAAGAUGUAAUUUAUGAAGUAAAUUAUUUUAAUCGAAGAUAGUACAGAUGAAAAUGUGUAGAUACUGUCUUUGAAAUUUGACAUUUUAGACCUGUUAUUAUUUGUGCCAGUUAGUCCUUAAUUCGUUUCUUUAUUCUUAAUUAUAGAUUAUAAAAGUAUUCUUACAGAUCUGAAAUUGUUCAGUGAAAGACGUGACAUGACCUAAUUAAGAAUAGAUUUAAGUUGAAAUUACCAAAGAUAGUGAUAUUUAUUUUAAUGCAUUUGUUGGAAGUCCUUAUUAAAAAAAAUUCAAGACUAUGACAAUAAUGGAGGAGUUUCAUGUUGAAAAAAUGAUAGGGAAACUUCAAAUAUCUUGUGUGCCAAUUCAUGAAGUUUUUAGCUUUCGGAAUAGAAAUUCACUAAAUUUAUUCAGAUGUAAAACUGAAAAUACACGAUUUUAACUAAAAAAUUUCAAUAUGUCACGAGCUGAUUUGUAUAUUGAAUAUAUAUACUUUAGAAAGAUACCAAGUUUCCGUAUCAUUUCUUUAUGUCUACAGCUUUGAAAUGUGAUCAACUCUUCUAUUCCUAAACGUAGGAUUAGUAAAGAAUAAGAAAACUAGUAUCCAUAUCUGAUUUUUUUAUUUUAAAUUUAGAAUAUAAUCUUAAUAGAGGUUGUAGUUUUUGCAUGCUUGUCAUAUUUAACGCAGCAUUCUAAUUUUAUCAAUAUUAAUUAUAUUCUUUAAGUAAAUAAUUAGUUUUAGUUUUUGAUUUAGUACAUCGCAUCACAACAUAAAAAUUUUGGAAUGGAUACUGAUUUUCUAGAUAAACAAAAACUGCAAAUAACAGAUAAAUAGCCGAAAUAGGAAAUUAUAACAGUAUUUUAGUAAUAAUUGUACGGCGAAUCGAGAAUAUAUUACAGAAGAAUAUACACUAUAAAUUACACUAAUUUUCACCCUUCUACCUCCAAUUAUCACUUUAUAUUUAAGUAAAAAUUUAAAAAUCACAUUUCUACCAAUCUCAUUUAUGUAUCAUAAUGAUAUUAGAAUCAUUUUUAAAGUUACUCCACUUUAUCACAAAUAGAACAGCAAAUGAAUCCAAUGUUCUACUUUAUUUUCUGUAAUUGUUUUCCUUAAACCUGAGAAUCUCAGCAAUUGCGGUGUUGUUGUAUUAAAAUAUUAAUAGUUUCCUUCAUAGUUUUUCCACUCUUACUGAAAGUGAUUAUAAUAUGGAUAUUUAGUUAAUUCAUAUAUGCUGAUUAUUUAUCUGUUAUUCUGCUCUUGCUCUUUUUUUCGGCAAACGCGCGUACGCUUCACAAACGAAAUUAAGUUUUUUUAUUCGCCGGAGCUAUGGAGGGUUCAAGCGGACCCAGUAAAUCGAUAAUCUUUAUAAGUUCAUUUGAAUUUAGAUAUUUAAGCUUUUAGCUAGGUCGCCCCGAAAUAAUAUAGAAACUUUAUUAUUAAUACUUGUCUUAUUGAUAUUUUAAGUAUAAUGUAUGGUGGGAUAUAUGCCUUAUUAGGUAAAACGUUACUGUACUGAUACGUGUAGAUUUCUUCAAUGACAUUAAAUGGAAAAUAUCAAAUGCCAGUCAUCACUACAUCGCAGUCCGAGUCUCAGUUCCUUUUACCUACCACAAUUUGGUAGAUAUGUUGAAAACUAUGUUAUUAGCCUUUGUACCUAUUACUAUUUAUAUUUUUAAUUAUAUUUUGUACUCUGUGACAUAAUGUACAUUUCUCUAUUAUUUUAUAUAAAAUAAAAAUAAGUUA